GUGUCCUUAUGCAUGUGACGCAUAAUUUAACCAGUCAGAGUCAAAUAUGCUGUCUUUUAAACGAAAUCUCUGCCCAAAAUCAGGCCCCAAGCAUGGCGGUGGUGUUCGAUGGGGUGAGCCAGCAGCUGGAAUUCUCAAGCUGUGGUGAGGAGGGGAACAGCAGUGACAACAGCUCAGAUGACUGCAUCUCCAGGAUCCAAAGUCCAAGUUCAGUGUGCAGGACCCCCAGAGUGCAACGCCAUCGGAACCGGAGCAAUACCUUAAUGUCUCCUUUACAGUGCAUUAGUCCUAUACCGUUUGCUUCCUGGAGCAAGCUGAGGCUCUGUGACUCCCCCAGCACACCAAAGAGUUUGCUUUCAAAGUCAUCACAGCCUUUUUCAAGCUGUAAGACGAGUCGUCCUCAACAGACCCUGCGAUUUACUUCAGCUGUUGGAAGCCUCAUUGAGGCACCUUCUGUCAAUGUGAAUCCUUUCACCCCUGAAACCAUACGCAGGAGCAGUGAGGGCCACUGGAGGAAGAGUUCUAGGAGUGGUGAAGAUGAUUAUGGAUGCAGAUUGAAACACAGCUUGACGUCCUCUGAAGAGGAUGAUGAAGCAUUUCUCCCUUCAAAGAGGCGAGCCAUCCAAGCCUUCAUGCUGUCGCGUUACGAGAGUGAGUUCCUAGAGCUGGAGUGCAUUGGAAAAGGAGAGUUUGGAGCGGUUUUCAAGUGUGUGAAGAGGCUGGAUGGGUGCUUGUAUGCUAUAAAACGCUCUCGCCGACCUCUCGCCGGAUCAGCCAAUGAGCAGCUGGCCCUAAAGGAGGUGUACGCUCACGCAGUUCUUGGACACCAUCCACACGUUGUCCGCUAUUAUUCAGCUUGGGCCGAAGAUGAUCACAUGAUCAUUCAAAAUGAGUACUGUGAUGGUGGGAGUCUCAGUGAUGCCAUCCUGGAGAAGGAGGUGCAGGGGGAGCUGUUCUCAGAGGCUGAGCUGAAAGACCUGCUCUUACAGGUAUCCAUGGGACUAAAGUACAUCCACGGCUCAGGCCUCGUCCACCUGGACAUCAAACCAAGUAAUAUAUUCAUUUGCCAGCGUCCCAGCACGGGUGCAGUGGGAGAGAGUGAGGAGGAAGAUGAUGGGAACAGUUCAGCAGGAGUAGUUUAUAAAAUUGGUGAUUUGGGUCAUGUGACCUCUACAAACAGUCCUCAGGUUGAGGAAGGCGACAGCCGCUUUCUCGCAAGUGAGGUCCUGCAUGAGGAUUACAGCCACCUGCCCAGGGCAGACAUUUUUUCACUGGGCCUCACGGUGCUGCUGGCAGCUGGAGCGCCACCUCUGCCACAGAACGGGAACGAGUGGCACAACCUUAGAAAGGGCCACCUGCCCAAACUGCCACAGGAGCUGUCUUCUCCUUUCAGAGGCCUACUUCAGCUGUUAUUGGAUCCAGACCCAAUAAAGCGGCCGUCUGCCAAGGAGCUGUGCAAGCACGCUGUGCUAAAGGAGGAGAGGCCGGGGAGGCUGGCUGCACAGCUCCGCAGAGAGCUCAAUGUGGAGAGAUUCAGGACGGCCAUGCUUGAAAAAGAGCUGCAGGAGGCCCGUCUGGCAGCGGUGUCACCCCAGCAGACCUUCUUUCCUAGGAUGCAACCCCUUGUAAAACUGGGAUCUGUACCCAGAAUGAAGAAGAGGCUUGUUGGUAGAAAGACGGGGCGAUCUAUGAGUUUUGGGUCCCCUUGUUGAGUCUGAGAGGAUCACUGUAGUGCUGAAUUGUCUUUU